AUCAGAUCGAACACAGGAGCGAACCGUUUGCCGGUAGGAAAUCGAUUCGACCAACGCGGAAGGAUUCCGCGUCGAACGCUACUUCCGGCUGCAGGAAAAACAUUCGAGAGAGAUGAAAUCGAGUGUAGGAAAAUUGUCUGCUAUACUACUAAUCAUGCUGUCAUCAGUUGUGGUCAACACAGACUGCUGUUCUAGCAGAUCGAUGCCCAAAUCGCGCCCUCGGCCGGUGUCACACUUUCGCGGUGUGAUGACAUCAUCCACCACCACCUCCACCACCACCACCUUCGUGCGGCAUCAGCAACCGGAGGCACAGCCACCGAUCCAGGCGCCACCCGAGACGACGUCCACGGGGACGAACGUGCGGUUCGGCCCAGGGGGCGGUGGUGGUGGUGUGAUGGUAGCCGGUGGCGGACAGCUGGGGGGAGUGCCGGGCAUCCGUGAUAGUAUUGGCGGCAGUAUCGGCGGAAAGCAGCAGCAGUCGCACGAGGAGCGUGCACUACCGGGCGGGAACGGCGAGCAGCAGGGCGCUGCGCGAGAGCAGCAGCAGCGCAUGGUGGAGGAGGCGCGCCAGCGGGGCCGGACGACCGGCAGCAAUGAGCAGCUGAUGCGCAUGGGCCGGUGCUCGCAGCUGUUCGAGGAAAACUACUGCUUGAACGGCGGCAAGUGCCACAACUUCACCAUUGCCAACUCGACCAUGCCGACCUGCGAGUGCGCCGACGGCUUCAUGGGUGAACGGUGCGAGUCAAAGUACUUGGAUGGGACCUACCUGAGCAUGCGCAAGCCGAAAAUCCACAUCGAAACGGCGAGCGUGUACUACGGGGCAUUUCUAGCGCUCAUGGUGCUGCUGGUGGUGUUCUACUACCUGCACCUGUGCCAACACUGCCGCCGCGGCAAGGUCGGCCGUCUGCUCCUGCAGGAACAGCAGGACCAGCAGGAGCAGCAGCUGGUGCCACCGUCGCCGGUGCACCGUGAGCAGCUGGGUCGCGGCGCUUCCGGCCGACUGAUCCGCGCAGCCAGGGCCUAAAAACCCACGGCCGCACGGAUAGCCCCGUAGUCCGGGUACGUCCCAUCGUUCCAAGUACCAGCCAAACUACCAAUACAAGGACAACAGGCCCCAGCCCCAAACGACCGACGCUCGUUGUUGUCUGGCGGGGAGGGGCCAGCGAUGAAUCUCGGAGUAAACUACCGCUCCGCUGUAUAUACUAUUACUGUAGGAAAAGACAGAAGGAGUGUUUCUUUCUCGCGUACAUCAGCAAACCCUCAUUAUUGAGCCACCGAUCAGCUUUCCUUCACUCUUCGUCGACGACGAGAAUCAGGAGCCCGAAAGGCGCAGAUUUUCCGCUCAACGGAAAAACGACCGACAAGACACGGGCAUGUCGGUAGAUCGCUAACGGGAGGUGCAGGGUGGUUUCCAUCGAGAAAACGCUUUUUAAGCGCUCCGGAACUCAGAAGCAUCCUUGAAACGAAUUAAAGCAAAACUCUAUCAGGCGAGACAACAUCGAACAGCUACGCGAGGAAGAGGAGUGAGAAGGAGGAGAUAAAAACGGUUAGCAAAUGAACAUAUUUGGAUUCAAACUAGCGAAAGAGAGGAAACAAGAAGCACGAAACGAAGAAGAAAAUACGAAUAUUAAACUAAGCUAAUCCUAUACAUAUUAGAAUUAAAAACGUAUACAUACAAUCAUUAAAGAAAAUCCGUUAUAAAUAUCGAACAUCGGUACGGUUAGGAGGGGAAGGAGGCGGAGUGCGUAAGUGGCAUUUAUGGGUUAAGGUUGUUACAGAGAACGCGUGAGUGAUGGUUCUUUUUUUCCAAUGAGUCAAUGUGAAAUAGCAAAACGGGUAUUUGCGUUUUUGUUGUUUUCGAAAUUGUUCGCGCCGCUUGAAAAGAUAUCAGUCUGGUUAAAAAACUUAAUAAUAGAGAAGCAAGGACCUUUUAGCAUUUUA